GGUGAACACGUGGGCGGAAGUGCACGUGCCCGCGGCCGCCGCUCCUGUCUGUCUCAAGGGUUACGUUCGUCCACGGGCUGCGCCGCCGCCUCCAGCCAGGCGCCGUUAUGGGAGUCCCGGCGUUCUUCCGCUGGCUCAGCCGCAAAUACCCGUCCAUCAUCGUCAACUGCGUAGAAGAGAAGCCCAAAGAAUGCAAUGGUGUAAAGGUUCCUGUUGAUGCCAGUAAACCUAAUCCAAAUGAUGUGGAGUUUGAUAAUCUGUAUUUGGACAUGAAUGGAAUCAUCCAUCCCUGUACUCAUCCUGAAGACAAACCAGCACCAAAAAACGAAGAUGAAAUGAUGGUUGCAAUUUUUGAGUACAUUGACAGACUUUUCAAUAUUGUAAGACCACGACGACUUCUCUACAUGGCAAUAGAUGGAGUGGCACCACGUGCUAAAAUGAAUCAACAGCGUUCUAGGAGGUUCAGAGCAUCCAAAGAAGGAAUGGAAGCAGCAGUAGAGAAGCAGCGAGUCAGGGAAGAAAUACUGGCAAAAGGUGGCUUUCUUCCUCCAGAGGAAAUAAAAGAAAGAUUUGAUAGCAACUGUAUUACACCAGGAACUGAAUUCAUGGACAAUCUUGCUAAAUGUCUUCGCUAUUACAUAGCUGAUCGUUUAAAUAAUGACCCUGGGUGGAAAAAUUUGACAGUUAUUUUAUCAGAUGCUAGUGCUCCUGGUGAAGGAGAACAUAAAAUCAUGGAUUACAUUAGAAGACAAAGAGCCCAGCCUAACCAUGACCCAAACACUCAUCAUUGCCUAUGUGGAGCAGAUGCUGAUCUCAUCAUGCUCGGCCUUGCUACACACGAACCCAACUUUACCAUUAUUAGAGAAGAAUUCAAACCAAACAAACCCAAACCCUGUGGUCUUUGUAAUCAGUUUGGACACGAGGUCAAGGACUGUGAAGGUUUGCCAAGAGAAAAGAAGGGAAAGCACGAUGAACUUGCAGAUAGUCUUCCUUGCGCAGAGGGAGAGUUUAUCUUCCUUCGUCUUAAUGUUCUUCGUGAGUAUUUGGAAAGAGAGCUCACCAUGGCCAGCCUUCCAUUCACAUUUGAUGUUGAGAGGAGCAUUGAUGACUGGGUCUUCAUGUGCUUCUUUGUGGGAAAUGACUUUCUUCCUCAUCUGCCAUCGUUAGAAAUUAGGGAAGGUGCAAUUGAUCGUUUGGUCAACAUAUACAAAAAUGUGGUACACAAAACUGGGGGUUACCUAACAGAAAGUGGUUAUGUCAAUCUGCAAAGAGUACAGAUGAUCAUGUUAGCAGUUGGUGAAGUUGAGGAUAGCAUUUUUAAAAAGAGAAAGGAUGAUGAGGACAGUUUUAGAAGACGUCAGAAAGAAAAAAGAAAGAGAAUGAAGAGAGAUCAACCAGCUUUCACUCCUGGUGGAAUAUUGACUCCUCAUGCCUUGGGUUCAAGAAAUUCAGGUUCUCAAGUAGCCAAUAAUCCGAGACAAGCAGCCUAUGAAAUGAGGAUGCAGAAUAACUCUAGUCCUUCAGUAUCUCCUAAUACAAGUUUCACUUCUGAUGGUUCCCCAUCUCCGUUAGGAGGAAUGAAGCGAAAAGCAGAUGACAGUGACAGUGAACCUGAGCCAGAGGAUAAUGUCAGGCUAUGGGAAGCUGGUUGGAAGCAGCGGUACUACAAGAACAAAUUUGAUGUUGACGCGGCUGAUGAGAAAUUUCGUCGUAAAGUUGUACAAUCUUAUGUUGAAGGGCUCUGCUGGGUUCUUCGAUAUUAUUACCAGGGCUGUGCUUCCUGGAAGUGGUAUUACCCGUUCCAUUAUGCACCAUUUGCUUCAGACUUUGAAGGUAUUGCGGACUUGCCUUCUGAUUUUGAGAAGGGCACUAAACCGUUUAAACCACUGGAACAACUUAUGGGAGUUUUUCCAGCUGCAAGUGGUAACUUUCUACCUCCAUCAUGGCGAAAGCUCAUGAGUGAUCCAGAUUCCAGUAUAAUUGACUUUUACCCUGAAGAUUUUGCUAUUGAUUUGAAUGGAAAGAAAUAUGCAUGGCAAGGUGUUGCUCUGUUGCCAUUUGUGGAUGAGCGCAGGCUGCGAGCUGCCCUUGAAGAGGUAUACCCAGACCUCACUCCAGAAGAGACUAGAAGAAACAGUCUUGGAGGUGAUGUCUUAUUUGUAGGGAAACAUCAUCAACUCCAUGACUUCAUCUCAGAGCUAUACCAGAUAGGUUCCACAGAGCCAGUGGAUGUACCACCUGAAUUAUGUCAUGGGAUUCAAGGAAAGUUUUCUUUGGAUGAAGAAGCCAUUCUUCCAGAUCAAGUAGUAUGUUCUCCUGUUCCCAUGUUACGGGAUCUGACACAGAACACUGCAAUCAGUAUUAAUUUUAAAGACCCACAGUUUGCCGAAGAUUACAUUUUUAAAGCUGUAAUGCUUCCGGGAGCAAGAAAACCAGCACCGGUACUGAAACCUGGUGACUGGGAAAAAUCCAGCAAUGGACGGCAGUGGAAGCCCCAGCUUGGCUUUAAUCGGGACCGGCGGCCUGUCCACCUGGAUCAGGCAGCAUUCAGGACUUUGGGCCAUGUUAUGCCAAGAGGCUCAGGAACUGGCAUUUACAGCAAUGCUGCCCCACCACCUGUAAAUUAUCAGGGAAACUUAUACAGGCCGCUGUUGAGAGGACAAGCCCAGAUUCCAAAACUUAUGUCAAAUAUGAGGCCCCAGGAUUCCUGGCGAGGACCUCCUCCCCUUUUCCAGCAGCAAAGAUUUGACAGAGGUGUUGGGGCUGAACCUCUACUGCCAUGGAACCGGAUGCUCCAGACCCAAAAUGCAGGCUUUCAGCCAAACCAAUACCAGAUGCUAGCCGGGCCUGGCGGGUAUCCACCCAGACGCGAUGAUCGUGGCGGGAGACAGGGAUAUCCCAGAGAAGGAAGGAAGUACCCUUUGCCACCACCCUCAGGAAGAUACAAUUGGAAUUAGGCUUUUGUAAAGCUUUCCCAAAUCCUUUCAUCAUUCUACAAUUUUAUGCUAUUUGUGGAAAGAUUUCUUUCUCAAGUAGUAGUUUUUAAGAAAACUGCAGUACUUUGUGUAUUUCUUUUAACUGUAUAUUUCUACUGAUCUGAUCUCACUGUUUUAUGUUGCUUUCCAAAGAUGUGUGUUGCAUAAUACAGUGGAUCUGAAUUUAUUAUUGCUUGUAAAACAUUUUGAUGGAAUAGGAAUACUGGUUUUUCAUUAUGGUUAAAAAUCAAACCAGCUGUGGAUUUCAAAACACAGUGUAUUCUAGAUCAUCUAAGAUCCAUGCUGAUUUUUAAUGCACAAGAAUUAGGUAUGAACUCUUAAGCUGGAACCCUCAGCCAAUUAGAGUAUAUAUAUUGUUCGGUAUUUCUUUGGAAACAUUUCAUUAAUGUACUUGUCUUACGGAAAUUUCUGGACUUUAGUAAAAACAAACAAAAUUUUAAAA